GAAAUUUCAAAGACGCAACUGAAAGCUAGAAAAAGAAAGCAGUUUAUCAUAUCAACAGUUCUAUUGGAUAAUCUCAAGACUUGCCUUACUUGUUCCGAAUUCGCUUUGGUACAAUCUGUUUGAAGCUCUUCUCGUUCAUUGUUACGCAUAAACCUUGUGAAAGUAGGCCAAAGCGAUCAUUUCUUCCAAAAUGGCAUCUGUGCUUAGGAGAUCGCAAACAGUGUUGAAUUCCCUUUGUAGGAGGCAAUUUUCUGCUUCCCCAGAUGGAAAUCUUACGACCCAUGCUGGAAAAUCUAUGAAUCUUUAUUCUGCUAUCAACCAAGCACUUCAUAUUGCCCUUGAAACUGAUCCUCGUGCUUAUGUGUUUGGAGAAGAUGUGGGCUUUGGUGGGGUCUUCCGGUGCACAACUGGAUUGGCAGAUCGAUACGGGAAAGAUCGAGUUUUCAAUACCCCUCUUUGUGAGCAGGGUAUUGUUGGUUUUGGCAUUGGUCUGGCAGCAAUGGGAAAUAGAGCCAUAGCAGAAAUUCAGUUUGCAGAUUACAUAUAUCCAGCUUUUGAUCAGAUUGUUAAUGAAGCUGCAAAGUUCAGAUAUCGUAGCGGAAAUCAGUUCAAUUGUGGUGGUUUAACAAUUAGAGCACCAUAUGGAGCGGUUGGCCAUGGUGGUCAUUAUCACUCACAAUCUCCUGAAGCUUUCUUUUGUCAUGUUCCUGGUAUCAAAGUCGUCAUCCCUCGAAGCCCAUACCAAGCCAAAGGAUUGCUACUUUCAUGCAUUCGUGAUGAAAACCCCGUUGUAUUUUUUGAGCCCAAGUGGCUUUACCGUUUGGCAGUUGAAGAAGUUCCGGAGGAUGACUUCAUGUUGCCUCUAUCACAAGCUGACGUGAUCCGAGAAGGCAGCGAUAUUACAUUGGUUGGUUGGGGAGCGCAGCUCUCUGUUAUGGAACAAGCCUGUAUUGAUGCUGAAAAAGAAGGAAUUUCCUGUGAACUUAUAGACCUGAGAACUCUAUUACCUUGGGAUAAGGAAACGGUAGAGGCCUCAGUUAGGAAGACUGGAAGACUUCUUAUUAGCCAUGAAGCUCCGGUUACCGGAGGCUUUGGUGCUGAAAUAUCUGCUUCCAUUGUUGAGCGCUGCUUCUUACGGUUGGAGGCUCCUAUUUCUAGAGUUUGUGGAUUGGACACUCCCUUCCCUCUUGUGUUUGAACCUUUCUACAUGCCUACUAAGAACAAAAUAUUGGAUGCCAUUAAAGCAACUGUAAAGUAUUAGCAUUAUAACCAGACCAAGCCUAGACAUGAUAUUGGCUCCAUCUUCAGAAAUGGCUGCUUUCAAGCAGACAACAAGAAAUGUUCUUGAUUUCCAGUAGUCUCUUACUGAUCAUUUUCAUUUAAAAUUAUAUUGUAAAUGGAAAUGAAUGAAUGCCUUGAUGUCCCAUUGUUAGUGGUUGUAAGGGAGCUUCAUUGUUAAAUAAUGUAAGAUGGUUUGAGUCAAUGAUGUACGGAUAUUAAAAUCUUUAGAAUAAAAAGUAGUAUGUUCGUUUAGAUCUCA